AUGUCGCCUAUCCUCCCUCAACGUCUAUCUAAUCCUGCCAACAGUCGUGGUGGUAAACGGGUGCGGCUGUCUUGCCUUGACAAGCGUAGCGAGAAGUUCGCUGAAGUGGAGCAGCUCUUCAGAAAAGCCUGGCGCCAUCGCAAGAAAGAGCAACCGCAGGUACAGAAUGUAUUCAAGGUCCUCUGGCCGGAGUCACUUUUGGAGCCGUAUCUGGAAUACCGUGAGCAGGUCGAGAGCUCACGCCAGUCAAAGGAUGCGAAUGAGAAGCUGCUCUUUCACGGCACGAAUCGCGCGUGCCUCCUGGGCGAGAGCAGGGAUAAUGUCCUUCUGUGUCCCCUGAAAAGUUGUUACUUGUGUUCUAUUCUCCGCAGUUCAUUUGAUGUGAAGAAGUGUGGCCAGAAGAACUCAUUCAAGCGGUUCGGUCACGGCAUAUAUACGUCUGCCUGUUCUUCAAAAGCAGAUGACUACACCCUCAAUGCAUCACAAGAUGCCCGACUUCGCAUAGUUGUUCUAUGCCGGGUCGUUGUCGGCAAGACGUACAAGAGAUAUCGAAACGCGCCCGAACUAACUGAGCCGCCCAAAGGCUAUCAUUCUGUAUCGGGAGAAGUGGGCUGGGAUCUGAACUAUGAAGAAACCGUUUGCUACAAUAACGACGCCAUACGGCCUGCAUACAUCGUCGUCUACGGGAACGAACCGCCUGUUUCUCUCAACUUCAAGGCCUUUGUAUCGACCAUCUUCCACACACCACUUGCGUCGUAG